AUGUCAUUUNAAAAAGUCAAUGUUGAAUUUCGUUUGGGUAAAAUUGAGCAGCUUACUGAUGAUCCUGAAUUGAAAACAAAUUCAUUUGAUGUUGCUGUAUCGAAUUGUGUUGUUAAUUUAAGUCCUGAUAAGAAGAAAGUUUUACAACAAGUAUAUGAAAUGUUAAAACCUGGAGGUGAAUUUUACUUCAGUGAUAUGUAUGCUGAUCGACCAAUUCCUAAAGAGUUACAUAGCAACAAAAUUCUUUGGGUCAAAUAUACGUAUUUAGGUGAUAUCAAAUAUGCUUCGUGUACUUAUCGUUUGUUUAAGAAUAAAUCGAUUGAAGAUCUAACUACAUUUGAUAAUAAGUAUGGUGCAUUGGUAACUUACAUAACACCAAUAACUAAUUAUGAACAUGAGCUUCAAUUCGAUCAAUCAAUUACGUUAAAACUUCGUGGUCAACCUCAAUAUCUUAAUGCUGAAUUAAUCAAAAUGUUGCGCAUAUCAAGAUAUAGCGAGAAUUUUAAAAUUGAUCCAGUGACUGAUGAAAAGGAAAUAUCAGAUUUAACUACUCAACAUUAA